AACAGGCAUCAUUCUCGAUUGCGCAUGUGUUUUACAUAGCUACGUCAAGGGUGUGUUCAUACCCAGUAUUGUAUAUUUACACAACACACCGACGACCGGUUUAUCCUACCUACAGUUCGUUGCUCACAAACGUAUCUAUACCUCGAGCCCGAGUUUUAUAAAGCGGUACUAUAAUGAUUUAACAGAGAAUUGGUGUGACAUGUGACUGAGCGCUGAGUAGAGAAUGUGUACGUGACCUAAGAAUGUUGGCCAGGAAAAAUAGUGUCAAGUUUCCCGCAGCUCGCAAUAUGGAAAUUUCCAAUUUGUACCUGAGUAUCGUUUAAUUGCGUACGUGAAUACGAGGUUCUUUUUUUUUUUUUUUUUUUUUUUUGUGUGUGUUUUUUGUUUUUUAUCACGCUAUCUACUUCGGGGGCAGCUAUAUCGUGUGAUAACAAUCAACAACCGAGCUGCAAUACUCAAUUAAUAGAAACCAAUCGCGACGUUCAAAGAAUGAAUACCUCUACGGUUCGGUAUAAUGACGUUAAUCACAAUUGACUAUUUAACCAUGUUUCAAUUACAAAGAGUAAGCUGUGACUGUAAAGAAUCAAUAUUCCGAGCGCGUACUCUCGGAAAGUCUUAACGAUAUUCUUUUGUCUUAAACGUUCGCAUUAAGCCUGCCUCUAAAGUCCGUCGGCGUAAUUUCGAUGUAAACUUGGAUGCUUGCCCUGACUUUGAGCGUAGAGGUUAGGUUAUGUGCAAGUGUUACCUGAUUUUUUUCACUUCGCUUUUGGAUAAGGAGAAGUUGAAAUUCACAACAUGGCUGGAGGUGUGACCUGGUCGUCGGGUUGUUGUCUUCGCUUUAAAUUUAGUCCCGAAGAAAUAGAACAGCGAUACAAGAGUCAAGAGAUCGACCGGAUGCUCGAGAAGGAUCGGCAGCUUCUUCGUCGUCAAGUGAAAUUGCUCUUACUCGGUGCCGGAGAGAGUGGAAAGUCUACGUUUCUCAAGCAAAUGAGAAUCAUUCAUGGAGUUAAAUUUGAACCGGAGGUGAUCAAGGAAUAUCGCCACAUCAUUUACCAAAAUAUUAUCAAAGGUAUGAAAGUACUCGUCGACGCCAGAGAUAAGCUCCAAAUUCCUUGGCAAGAUCCUAAGAACGACGACGUCGGUUACCAGCUACUCAAAAUCGAAAACACAAUCAUAUUCGACACGAGAUUGUUUCUUCGCUACGUACCGAAUCUUCGAAGUUUAUGGAGCGACGCUGCGAUAAGGAAAGCAUUUGAUAGGCGACGAGAAUUUCAAUUGAGUGACUCGGUUCAAUAUUUCCUGGACAGUUUGGAUAGAAUUGCACGAAUGGAUUAUAUGCCCACGCACCAGGACAUUUUGCAUUGCCGAAAAGCGACCAAAGGAAUUUCUGAAUUUUUAAUUCAGAUCAACAAUAUUCCGUUUCUAUUUGUCGAUGUCGGCGGACAGAGAUCUCAGAGGCAGAAAUGGUACCAGUGUUUCCAGUGUGUCACAUCUAUACUUUUUCUAGUAUCUUCCUCAGAGUUUGAUCAAGUUUUAUUGGAAGACAGACGAACCAACAGACUGGAAGAAUCAAAGAAUAUAUUUGACACGAUAGUCAACAACGUAAUUUUUGGCGAGGUUUCAAUUAUUCUGUUUUUGAACAAAACAGAUUUACUUGCUAAAAAAGUCAAGUCCAACGAUACGGAUCUGCGGCAGUAUUUUCCAAGUUUUAAGGGUGACCCACAUUCCAUUCACGAUGUUCAAAAUUUCAUACUAGACAUGUUCACCUCUGUCAAACGGGACCCAAAGAAGCCUAUUUUUCAUCACUUCACUACAGCAGUGGAUACAGAAAAUAUCAAAGUUGUUUUUAACGCCGUAAAAGACACGAUACUCAUUCGAAAUUUGGAAUCACUAAUGUUGCAAAAUUGAAUCCAUAUUUCACUUAGUGAGGUACUGAUAAAAAUUUAUAGAAGAAUGGAUCCGCCACAGUUUGAAUUGCAUUCAACAAUCCGAAAGAACAACCGGACUUUUACAUUCCAAUGACACUAUUUAAGUUCAAUAUUCAAAACUAUUAAGAUAAUAUAAACGACGAAAUAUUUGUAAAUAUUGCUUCAUACAACCACAGGCAUGUAUGUAUGUAUGUAACUUCAUGUUGUAAGUCGCGGACCUUUUUUUUAUACUAACACGUGAUGAAACUAAAGAAAAUCUACAGUGACAUCGAAACCUGUUCAAGUGAUAUACAUAUUCAAACGUAUGUACAUCACAUUAGCAUUAAUUGUCUAUCAAAGAGCCUUUAUAUACUAUAGCUAUUAGAUUAUUAUGACAUAUGUAAAUAUUUUUCAUGCUUAAAGUUACAUAAAUACGCUCAGUAUACUCACAUACCUUAUACGCGUGUAUUGAUAUAUUUGUAAAUAAGAUUACCCAUCAACAUGCCAUAUGCAACUAUCGAGAUGCAACUAUCGAGAUUUGAGAGCGUUAUCAAAACAAAUUGUGCACAGCCAAAGUACCAUAAUAUCGAUUGAUUUAAUUAAGAUAUAUCACGGUAUUUGGAAAGUGAAUACUAUUCCUUAUUCGCAGCGAUCACUGUCCGUCGUAUUUAAUAAUAAUAAGCAUUACGAGA